CAGCAGAGGCCAGCUCCCUGGAUGGAGCGGAGGGGCAGAACGCUGUGAGUGGAAAGGCCCGAUUCCAGUGUUUCUUUUGUGGACUCCCCGUUGUUUAAACAGUCACUCAGUCGACACACCUGGACCUUGGGGGCUGGCUGAGCUCGAGGUGUCCAGGGACCCCUGUGUGGUGAGGUCUUCAGAGGAAAGAAACAGCUCCCCUAGCAUCCCCCAAAGGGCAGGCCUGCCACUAGAGCCCUGGGGGCGGCGUCCGCCUGCCCACACCUCACACCAGGCCGGGACGAGCGCCCGUCCUCCACACCCGGGGACACCCCAGGCCCCGCGUCCCCGGCCAGUGCACACACCGCGCCAGGGUGACCAGGCUCUGAGGAAGCAGAGACCAUCUGCUUCAUGUCACCAUGAGGGGGACAGCAAGAGCUGAAGUCCGGGCGGACCUCAGCACAGCUGUGAACGGGACUCCCUGGCACUCGCUGAGCACAGAGGCAAGGUCAGCCUGGGCCGGGUGGCAGGCUGCCCUCUGGACAGCAGGGACAAUUGGCACGCGUGUUCCACGGUGCAUCUUUGUGGCCUGAGCCACCAGCCAAAACCCAGAAGCAUUAACACGCACUGGGAAAGGGGCCUGCUGUCCCAGAACACCCUGCAGGCGAUGGACACCAGUCACCCCCGCUGCCCUCCCAGCAGGCCCCUCAAAGCACGUUCCAGGAAUUCUGCUGCAACAACCGGGCAGUGGCAGGCGCUGCUGCAGCACAGAUUUGGGGUCCUGGCAUCUGCAAGGCUCUUCCUGCCAGCAGGGCCGCAGUGCAGAGGUGAUGGAGGGACGACCAGAGGGGACUAUGGUGGUCUGGACGGCGGAGCGGAGGGGCCUCUGGCGUGGACAGAGAGCAGCGGAGCUUGUCCUGGCCACGCGAGUCUGGGUCUCCGUGACGCCCUCUGACUCUGACAUGUCUCGCCACCCCAGCAAUGACACCCACUUCUGCCCACUUUGCAGGUUUUCUCGGGGGGCGGGCUGGUGCCCCAUGAUGGAAGUGUCCCCUGAGUGCACACAGGGCAGGGGGCUGGUGCUGGUUCGCCGGCGGCCCCCCGCACCCCCAGGCCUGCGAGAGGCUCUGAAGGCCCGGCUGCGGCGGAGCUGUGCGUGCAGCGUGCAGGGGGCCUGGGCGCUGCUGCAGGACCUGCUCCCCGCCACGCGCUGGCUCCGCCAGUACCAGCCUCGGGAGGACCUGGCGGGUGACGUCAUAUCUGGGCUGGUCAUCGGCAUCAUCCUGGUGCCUCAGGCCAUCGCCUACUCACUGCUGGCCGGGCUGCAGCCCAUCUACAGCCUCUACACGUCCUUCUUUGCGAACCUCAUCUACUUCCUCAUGGGCACCUCGCGCCACGUCUCCGUGGGUAUCUUCAGCCUGCUCUGCCUCAUGGUGGGCCAGGUGGUGGACCGUGAGCUCCUGCUGGCCGGCUUCGACCCCACCCAGGACGGCCCGGCCCCCGGGGCCAACCGCAGCGCCCUCAACGCCUCGGCCACCAUGCUGGAGCUUGGGCUACAGGACUGCAGCCGGGACUGCUACGCCAUCCGCGUGGCCACCGCCCUCACGUUGCUGGCCGGGAUUUACCAGGUCCUCAUGGGCGUCCUCGGGCUGGGCUUCGUGUCCGCCUACCUCUCGCAGCCGCUGCUGGACGGCUUCGCCAUGGGGGCCUCAGUGACCAUCCUGACCUCCCAGCUCCGACACCUGCUGGGCGUGCGCGUCCCGCGGCACCAGGGGCCGGGCCUGGUGGUCAGCACGUGGCUGAGCCUGCUGCGCAGCGCCGGGCAGGCCAACCUGUGCGACGUGCUCACCAGCGCCGCGUGCCUGGCCGUGCUGCUGGCGGCCAAGGAGCUCUCGGACCGCUACCGGCACCACUUGAAGGUGCCGCUGCCCGCAGAACUGCUGGUCAUCGGGGCGGCCACGCUCGUGUCCCACUUCGGGCAGUUCCACGAGCGCUUCGGCUCCAGUGUGGCUGGCGACAUCCCCACUGGCUUCAUGGCCCCGCAUGUGCCAGAGCCGGGGCUGGUGUGGCGCGUGGCGCUGGACGCCGCAUCCCUGGCCCUCGUGAGUUCCGCCUUCUCCAUCUCGCUGGCGGAGAUGUUCGCCCGCAGCCACGGCUACUCUGUGCGCGCCAACCAGGAGCUGCUGGCUGUGGCCUGCUGCAACGUGCUGCCUGCCUUCUUCCACUGUUUUGCCACCAGCGCCGCCCUGGCCAAGAGCCUGGUGAAGACGGCCACCGGCUGCCGCACGCAGCUCUCCAGCGCGGUCAGCGCCGCCGUGGUGCUGCUGGUGGUGCUGGCGCUAGCGCCCCUGUUCCGGGACCUGCAGCGGAGCGUGCUGGCCUGCAUCAUCAUCGUCAGCCUGCGUGGGGCCCUGCGCAAGGUGCGGGACGUCCCGCGGCUGUGGCGGCUCAGCCCUGCCGAUGCUCUGGUCUGGGUGGCCACGGCGGCCACCUGCGUGCUGGUCAGCACCGAGGCCGGGCUCCUGGCCGGCAUUCUCCUCUCACUGCUCAGCCUGGCCGGCCGCACACAUCACCCACGCGCUGCCCUGCUCGCCCGCGCCGGGGAUUCCAGCUUCUAUGGGGACCCAGCAGAAUUUGAGGGCCUGGUCCCCGAGCCUGGUGUGCAGGUGUUCCGCUUCACGGGGCCCCUCUACUACGCCAAUAAGGACUUCUUCCUGCGGUCACUCUACAGCCUCACCGGGCUGAACGUGGGGUACGCAGCCGCCAGGAGGAAGGAGCGGGGCCCGGAGGUUGGGGCUGGCGAGGGAGAGCCUGUCGAAGGCAGGGACCUGGGUCCCGGGAGCAGCACAGCUGCGCUGGUGCCCUCAGCGACCUGCUUCCACGCAGUGGUCAUUGACUGUGCCCCGCUGCUGUUCCUGGACGCGGCCGGCCUGGCCACACUGCAGGACCUGCGCCGAGACUACGGGGCCUUGGGCAUCACCCUGCUCCUGGCCUGCUGCAGCCCCUCGGUGAGGGACACCCUGAGGAGAGGCGGCUUCCUCGGGGAGGACCAGGGGGACGCGGCCGAGGAGGGGCAGCUGUUCCCCAGCGUGCACUGUGCCGUGCAGGCGGCCCGAGCCCGCUGCCAGGAGCUGGUGGCCGCCAACUCCACCCUCUAACAGAGCCGGCACCUGCCGCCAGCCUCCACUCCCACCAUCCACCACUGCGAUCUUGCUGUCGCCUGGUGCCUCCAAUCUAGAGGACCCAGGGAACCCCAAAUGGGAUGGAGGGUGGCAGUGAACACACACAAGGACCCAGACUCUUGAGAACCCUCAACUGCACCUUUGAGACAAACCCUGCCUCGGUGCCAACCUGGGCCCAGUGCUGUGCAUCUGUGGUCCAUGGAGCCGGUCUGACACUCGGUGUCCUGUCUUACUUGAACAAGGACCCUGAGGCAGUCAUGUGGCCUCCAAGGUGCCAAAAGGACGUUGGUCCCUUGGCCCGCUAGUGCCCCCCCACCCCAGGUGAGAGCUGGAAGCUCUGGCCAGGGGUGUGAUGAGAGUCUCUGUGUCUAGGAAACCCCACAAUGCACACACCCAAGUGUUUCUUACACCCUCUGCCUCAGCCCCCACUGGGGCUGGCAGGGCCAAAGGCAGAUGUGACCAACACGACCUCAGCCCGGCCCCUGGCGUGGCAUCCCCACACAGUCUGAGCACAGAGCGAGGGUGCCCACUCGCCGUUGCAGGGUCCAGCUCUGCCCGAUCCAGGGGCUGCCCCAGCACCCACAGCGCCUGUGCCACCAGGAGGGUGCCCUCAAUUCUCCCCUGCCCCCAGGAUGCUUGGCCGAGAAGCACAGGGGCAAUGGCUUCUUGGAGCAGGAGUCCCCCACCCCGUUGACCCCGCCAUGGCCCGGUACUGCACUGUCCUCCACAACCAGACGCCACCUCCUCUUAGUCUCCGUCUGCAUCUCCAUACACUGGGCUCUGCCCAGCUGCCCCCAGGCUGCCCAUCCCCUCCAUCACCCACC